CAGAGAAAGAGGUUUAACAGAGAAAGAGGGAGAGAGGGAGAGAAAGAGCGAGAGAACUACGGCGGCAGAAGAAAAGAAAAAGAAGAAGCAUCAGCAGCAGCUACGACUGGUUCGAUCCCUCCUCUCUCCGUCGAUCUGUCCUUUCUCUGAUCUGUUCUUGUUGCUACUGUUCUUCUUCCUAUUUUUUGUUUAUUGCUCCAGAAAACAAAAAUGGUGUAGGGUUUGGAAAGGGGGAUAAGGAGGGAUGAAAUCAUCAAUUUUUUAGGGAGAUUAGGGGUAUAAGUUAUGGAUACCUCAGACCCUGCCCAUAGGUAAGACCCCCUAAUACCCCUUUCUCCGGUGUUGCACAAGAACGGGAUAAAACAAUACCCAACCUUAAAUGGCUUCCCAAACGAGGGAUAAGCCGUAGGCCCAGGUAUAAAUGGGAGGUAUUAGUUAUCCCCUUCAUAAGCCGACAUCCAAACGGGCCCUUAAUGAAUUGUAUUAAGGCGUGUGCAAGUAAUUUUCCCUUUUAAUAGGAUAAUUCUAAUCCAAUUGUGGGUUCCUUUAAGAUUAAUGAUCCUCCAAGGAAAUUUGCUUGUAUAAUUGUCAAAUGUCUUUUGGUACAUAAUUUUUGAUAACUCAAAUAUGUUCGGACUAGCUUACUUACAUAUAUCUCAACUAAUUUCAAGUACCUAAUUACCUGAAUGAUAAAAAAAAUCUUUAGAAGUGAGCUAGCAGAGUCAACGGGGUGUUCCACUUUUAAAAAAAAAUACUUUUUGAAAAAAGAAAGUAAUUUCAAACUCGAAUAUAAUGAAAAUAAAAAAUAUUUUUUCAAUUUUUUUGCACCGUUUAAAAGAUCUUAAUGAGAUCUAUCAAAUAAGAUUCAUAUUGAUAAAAAAAUUAUUUGCAUAAACACAUAAUUUUUAAGCUUAAAAUUAUUUUUUCGUUUUAAAAAGUACUUUUUCUUUAACAGUGAAACACCACGAGUACUGUGAGCCCUCAUAGGUUAGUAAAAAGUGAGGCAAUACUGAUUUGCAAUGGCAAUCUAAGUGAAUGACAGAAAACCUCUACUAGUAUUAAAGACAGAAAAAAAAAAUGAGUGGCGUUUAUUACUCGGACUUAGGGCUGUAAACGAACCGAAUCGAGCCGAACCCUGUCAAGUUCGACUCGGGUUCGUUAAGGUAUGAGUUCGGCUCGGGUUCGGCUCGAGUUCGAUUCGAGCCUGAACAACUUGGCUCGAGUUCGGCUCGUUAAAAUUUUUCAAGGCUCGGGUUCGACUCGGUUGGGUUCGUUAAGAUACUAAUCUGGCUCGAGCUCGGCUCAGAUUCGGCUCGGGUUCGAUUCGAACUUGAACAUCUUGGCUUGAGUUUGGCUCUUUAAACUCAAAUGAAUCGAGCCGAGCUGAAUCUAAGCUCAAAUUGAGCUCGUCAAGACUCAGGUUUGAUUCGGCUUGGCUCAUUAAACUUAAGCGAAUCCAAACUCUCUCAUUGAUCGUAUAGAAUUUGGGAGAAAAAUAAGUAUUGAAUUAUACAUAUAACCUUAAAAUUUUUUACAUUUACAAAUAGACCCCUAUUGAAUUAUUAAUUAAAUUUAAGUAUAGGUUCGCGAACCUAACCGAGCCGAAUACCGUUAGACUCAGGUUCGGCUCAUUUACGGAACGAGCCUAGAAUUGAGGUUCAGGUUCAGUUCGUUUAGUAGACGAAUCAAACUCGAACGAGCUCUUACCGAACCGAGCCUCGAACAGUUCGCGAAUGGCUCAGUUCAUUUACAACCCUACUGUCAGACUCAGCCAUUGCCUAGAUAUUUAUAGUAUUUGUUAAGGUGACGGGAAGCAAUUUUGUUUGGGUGAAAAACGUGUGUCCUUGGACUUCAAACAUUAUGCCUGAAAUUGGAGAAAUUUUUGGGUGUCGAGCAGGCACUAUGUGGCAAAGAAGUGACUUGACCAAAUCCUUCCUUUCGAUAGAGAGGCUAUUGAGUGUUCUUGAAGUAAUACUUCACACUAAUCACAAUACAGCACACAAGUCAUUUUGGUCUCGAAUUUACCAACACAAAAGUCAUGGCUUACGUAAUUCUUAUAUAAAGGCCAAAAUUAAGCUGUGUAUUUCUCUGAGCAACAACAGCAGCAACACAUAUGGCUGAGAAAACAUUUGAGGUAGCUACCUUCCCAUGGUUAGCCAUGGGUCACCUAAUCCCCUUUCUCCAUAUCUCCAAUAGGCUUGCUCAGAGAGGCCACAAAAUCCACUUCUUCGUCCCAACCAACACAAUAACAAAGUUGGAACACCUCAAUCUUCACCCAGACCUCAUCACCUUCAUCCCGUUCACCGUUCCGCACGUCGACGGGCUCCCUCAGGGCGCCGAAACGACCAACGAUAUUGCUUCUUAUGCAUUACAACCUCGGCUCAUGACUGCCAUGGAUCUCACACAACCCACAAUUGAAGCUUCUCUGGAACAACUCAAACCCGACUUCGUGUUCUACGAUUUGGCUCAUUGGAUACCAACUCUCGCACGCCGUUUAGGCAUCAAGUCCGUACGCUAUUCCAUUGUUAGCCCUUCAACCGUAGCUUACCUUUUUAGCCCUGCUAGAAAAUUCCACGAGAAAGUCACGCCGGAUGAUUUUACGAAACCGCCCCCUGAUUUCCCUGCUUCCUCCAUUAAAAUGAGUUCACAAGAAGCCCGUGCCUUAGUCAAUGAACUGGUAGAAAAGGAAUUUGGUUCCGGAAUACGCUUUGCGCAACGCAUUUUGAGUUCCUACAGUGAGUGUGAUGCCAUCAGUUUCAAUGCUUGUAAAGAGAUUGCAGGGCAUUAUAGUGAUUACAUCGAAAAACAUUUCGGGAGGCCGGUUAUUCUUGCAGGCCCGGUCAUUCCGGACUCAGCACCCGCUUCUACGCUAGAAGAACGAUGGGCUAAGUGGCUUAAUAGUUUCGAAGCCAAAGAAGUGAUUUUCUGUUCAUUCGGAAGCGAGUGUGUACUUGGGAAGGAACAGUUUGAAGAACUCCUGCUUGGUUUGGAGCUAACCGGCAUGCCGUUUCUCGCUGCCCUGAAACCGCCACUUGGGUUGGAAAAGAUUGAGGAUUCAUUACCGGGAGGGUUCUCCGAGAGGACUAAAGGAAGAGGGGUUGUUUAUGGGGGCUGGGUACAACAACAGUUGAUCAUGGGACACACUUCCGUAGGGUGCUACGUGACACACUGUGGUUCUGGUUCCUUAUCGGAGGCUAUGGUGAAUGAGUGCGAAUUGGUGUUAAUGCCAAUGAACGGGGAGAAAAUCGUCAAUUCGAGGUUUGUGAGCGGAGAUUCGGAGGUGGGAGUUGAGGUGGAGAGAGAAGAGGGAGAGGAGUUUUUUAGCAGAGAAAGUGUGUCCAAGGCAAUUAGGUUGGUAAUGGAAGUUGAUGGUGAAAUUGGGAAAAAGGUGAGAGCCAAUAAUGCUAAGUGGAGGGAGCUGUUGUCGAGUAAAAACCGUGAUAGUUCUUACAUUGACAGUUUGAUUCAGAAAUUGCACGGCCUGUUAGAAUGAAUUUCCACCUUCUGCUAGCUAGCUGGAGAUCUGAAAGUGGAAACAGAGCUGAUCAAGAUGGGCUUCCUGCACCAUGUAUACAUGGGUACAAACCAUGAUCUAUUUGGAGAAUUUUAUCUUAUAAUAAUUAUUAGGUGUUGUAUGGUUCAAUUCUUAGUGUCUCUCUACCAUGUAAGGUUAGUCAUGUUUCGUAUUUGUUGUAGUUUAUGUUGGAAAUUAAUAAACUUAAUUAUAUGAGUGGCCGGGGGUUUGUGUGUGUGGAUCAGAGACAAAGAAGAAGAUAGGAUUGAAUGAUGUGGGGCCAAGCCAAUUGAAUAGUAUUUCUUUGUGUGGGUUAAUUGAGAGGGAUGGGAGUCACAUGGUUUGUUUUGUGUGAGGAGUUGUGUAUUUAUACAUUUGUAUGCUUGUAAUGUAUUUGUAUUGGAGUGGGAAGAAGAGAGAAAAAAAAAAAAAAGAGCAGAGAGGAGAGUGAGAUGUACAGUAAUUUGUAUGUUUUUGUUUGAGAAAUAAAUAAAAGUAGUGUAUGUGAUUGUGUGAA